AUGACUACAACGUCUGCUUCUUCCAUUAUUGAGGCGUUUUCCAAGGCCGGUCAAAGCGCACUUUUCCAGUUCUUUGAUUCUCUCUCUAAGGACCAGCAAAAUGAGUUCAUUGAGCAGUUGGCCAAAAUCGAAGACCCUAUCAAAUUAGUCAACACUGUUCAAGAAGCCUUGAAGUUUUCCUCUAACAAUGCUAGUUCUCGAAACUUCACCCAGUUGCCUUCAGAACAGACAGCUUCCACGUUAGACUUGGAUCCAGAAUUGUCUGAAAAAUGGACCAGACUCGGUUUAGAAGCCAUUUCAAAAGGUCAAGUUGGUGUAAUUUUGAUGGCUGGAGGUCAGGGGACCAGAUUAGGAUCGAGUGACCCAAAGGGUUGUUUCGAUAUCGAAUUGCCUUCUUCUAAAUCGUUGUUCCAAGUCCAGGCUGAAAAGAUCUUGAAGAUCCAACAGUUAACCGCUCAAAAGCUCAACUUGGCUCAACAACCAAAGAUCUAUUGGUACAUAAUGACCAGUGGUCCUACAAGACUGCCAACGGAGUCCUUUUUCCAAAAGAAUCACUACUUUGGCUUGCAGCCAGACCAAAUCGCCUUCUUUGACCAAGGUACUUUACCGUGUUUCAACUUGGACGGAUCGCAGAUUCUCUUGGAAUCGCAAAACAAAUACUGCGAAUCCCCAGAUGGGAACGGAGGUUUGUACAAGGCCAUUCAGACUAAUGGUAUAAUUGACGACUUUGUGGCUAAGGGCAUUGAACAUAUUCACAUGUACUGUGUAGAUAACGUGUUGGUUAAAGUUGCUGAUCCAGUAUUUUUGGGUUUUGCUAUCGACAAGAAAUUCGAUUUAGCUACCAAAGCCGUGAGAAAGAGAGAUGCUAGUGAAUCUGUUGGUUUGAUUGUAUUAGAUGACGACAUCAAAAAGCCAUGUGUUAUUGAAUACAGUGAAAUCACCCAAGAAUUAGCCAACAAAACCGAGCAAAACGACUCGUCCAAGUUAUUCCUCAGAGCUGCUAACAUUGUUAACCACUACUAUUCUGUAGAUUUGUUGAGAAGGGAAGUGCCUAAUUGGACUUCUUCUCAGAAAUUCUUGCCCUUCCACAUUGCAAAAAAGAAGAUUGCAUCUAUAAAUCCGAAGACUGGUGAAUUCUACAAGCCAACUGAACCUAACGGUAUCAAAUUGGAGCAGUUCAUUUUCGACGUUUUUCCCUCGGUUGAUUUAAACAAGUUUGGUCUUUUGGAAGUAGAAAGAUCAGACGAAUUUUCUCCAUUGAAGAACGCCGUGGGUGCCAAAAACGAUACACCAACCACAUGUAGAAGUCAUUUCCUUGCCUUGGGUACAAGAUGGGUAAAAGAAAAUGGCGGUAUAAUUGAAGACGACGGUUAUGUCGAGGUCAGCUCAUUGACCAGUUACGGUGGUGAAGGAUUGGAGUUCGUCAAGGGUAAGCAUUUCAAGAACGGGGAACAAAUCUAA